GCUGUCUCAUAAACUAGGAUGGAGAACCAAAAUCACACAGUGGUAACUGAAUUCAUCCUGAUGGGCAUCACUGACCACCCUGAGCUGCAGUCCUCAUUGUUUGGUUUGUUCCUUCUCAUCUAUCUAAUAUCACUGGUGGGAAAUUUGGGAUUGAUUGUCCUUACAAUGGUGGACUCCAGGCUGCAAACACCCAUGUAUUUCUUUCUCAGACACCUCGCUACUACUGACCUUGGUUAUUCAACAGCUGUGGGACCCAAAAUGUUACAAAAUUUUCUUGUAGAUCAAAAUAGAAUAUCCUUUAACCUUUGUGCUACACAGUUAGCCUUCUUUCUUCUGUUCAUUGCUUGUGAACUUUUUAUUCUGUCUGCAAUGUCCUAUGACCGCUAUGUGGCUAUCUGUAAGCCUCUGUUCUAUAUGGUCAUCAUGUCAAAAAGGCUAUGCUGGGUGCUUGUAGUAAUCCCUUAUGUUUACUGUACAAUUGUGGCUCUUUUAAUCACAAUUAAGAUUUUCACUUUGUCUUUCUGUGGCUCCAAUGUCAUCAGUCAUUUCUACUGUGACAGUCUUCCUUUGUUAUCUUUGGUCUGCUCAAAUACACAAGAAAUUGAAGUGAUAAUGUUGUUCUUAUCAGCUUUUAAUUUAAUUUCCUCUCUUCUGCUUGUUCUUGUGUCCUACCUGCUCAUCCUUAUAGCUAUACUUAGGAUGAACUCUGCUGAGGGCAGGCGCAAGGCUUUCUCCACCUGUGGAUCCCACCUGACUGUGGUCACUGUCUUCUAUGGAACGUUGAUAUUUAUGUACAUGCAGCCCAAAUCCAGUCAUUCCUUUGACACUGAUAAAUUAGCUUCAGUUUUUUACACCCUGAUUAUCCCCAUGUUGAAUCCUUUGAUCUACAGCUUGAGGAAUAAAGAUGUAAAAGAUGCUCUUCAUAGGACAGGGAAAAAACUACACAGUGUUUGCUUUUGAAAUCCACACAGGAUUCAAUU